ACACGGCGGAAAUUCCGUUUUCUGAUACUUUCCCGCCGUCUGACUUAAUGCUUUGACAUUAUUAGAAAAAACGAGUGGAAUAUCACACACUUCAAAAUGACAGCUAUUUUUGAUUCUCCAAAAGCUAGAAUUAAUACAUCUAUGCUUUCGCAAUAUAAUAGCAGGGCAGUUUGUUUUGUUGGGCGCGUUGAAAAGGUACAUCCGACUGGAAAGUCGUUCACGAUUACUGAUGGUGAAGGGAAGACAGCAUCAGUGGAGCUAAAUGAACCUCUUGACGAGGAGCUGAGUGGAAUUGUGGAGGUGGUUGGCAUGGUAUCCAACAAAGGCACUAUAAUGGCCUCUCUGUAUACCAUGUACAGAGAAGACAAGGGGAUUCCAUUUGAUCUUGAGCUGUACAACGAAGCUCUGAAGGUCGUCCAUGACUUCCCACAACAUUAUCCUUUUGAACUUUCUGCCAGUGGAUGAGCACUUUGGAACUAUGCCUUCUGUUAUUUCCAAUGUUUGUAUUCAUAUCCUUUGGUUGACUUUAUUUGGGUGUAAUGUUUUUUUUGUUUUUGUACAAAUGUCUACUAUGCUGUUUUGAAUAAAGAUUGUUCUCUAUA